GCACGUGCGGUGCAGGAUUGGCCGUCGCGCCCACUCUCGGGCAGCCUGAUAUAUCAUGAGAUGCUACCAGUUAUGCCUGCUGAUGAGCUUGCACACCCACGGGCUGCGUUUUCGUGAAUCUAGCAGUGGGACAUGCCUCUGUAGCUAGAGAUCAUCAGCCAGCAGAGUACAGAAAAAACGAUGCGGAGGCAACCCCUCAUCAGGCUGCAUCUGGCCCUUCACACCACUAUACUUCUCAACUGCGCAUACAAGUCCACCGCGGCCGCGACGCCCGUCUGUGCCUCAGCAGCUGUGUCCUCGCCCACGGGCGACAAUGGCUGCAACUACGGCGCCUGCAAGUCCCUAACAACAUCGACCAUGACAUGCCAGUACGACAGCUCCUUCUGCGACUCGGGCACCGAGGAGUGGAUGACCGCCGGGGAGGUCAUCGACGCGGGGCACGAGUGUACGUGCAUGGACAUCCUCAAUUACCCCAUGAACAUCGGUACGUGCUCGUCGUCGGGUGUCUACAGCCCUAUGGCCGUCGCCAGCCACUGCAGCGGCGGCACUGCCGUUUGCGAUGCCGACGCUGACGGGCACUAUUUCCUCGGCGACAAGGUGGCCGGUGCGACGCAGUUCACGGCGUGCGACCUCAAGUGCGACGGUACUGCGGGUCACACUGCCGACAUUCCCACCGACACUUUUCAAGGCUGCGAGUUCCCUCAGGUGGGCUGGGUGACGCUCGCGCAACAAACGACCGGCCGCUUCUACUCGCGGCACAUGCACAUGAUGGGCGAUACGGCGAUCAUUGGCGGCUACAUGAAGUCAACGGUCGAUCCUUCUAUGACUGAAACUGCGGAAACGAAGUAUGGAACGAGCGAUGAGUUCGAAUUACGCGGACCGUUCUCGCGGACCGACCCCGACGGGUCGGAGGGCACGUCCGUCUACGAAAGCGUCAAAAAGUACUACGAGCGCGCGCGGCUGGGUCAUCAAAACAUCUUCGAAAUAGCCUUUGGAAGUGACGCCGGAGCGGGUCUCUCACGCAGGCGGGUGGGACCAGUACGAGGUCGCGUUCGCCAAGGUCGACACGACCACUGGUAUUCCCCAGGACAUCGUCCACUUCGGAGGACACGGUACGGAUCAGCUAUGGGACGUGCAUACGUCCUCCGACAACACGAGAGUUGCCGCCGCGGGCUGGUUCGCUGGCAACUUGACUGUCGGCUCCACGGUACUCACGACGGUGGCCGGUGGAACGCAUUACGGCCAAGGAGCCAGGGACGGCUUUGUCAUCAACCUCGAUGCUAACCUCGCACCGGUCUGGGCGAAGGUCUGGCCCGCGUCGACGGCCGGAGCCACUGAUUGGUAUGGCUCGCGUUGCAGCGGCAUUGAGUAUGACGACUCGAACAACCUCAUCGGCGUCGGUUACCAGUGCAACGCGACGUGCGUUGGAGUUAUGACAAAGCUGGCGGCGGCGGACGGCUCGCAAAUGUGGGAGAAGGUCUUCACCGAUGUACAGCACUUUAACCGCGUCACCAAGGCAGACGACGACUCUGGAGACCUAUUUGUCCGGGGCAAGCUCUUUACCACGACCGGCAAUCCCACGGCGGCGAACCCCACGCCCUUCGGCGUGUCUUGCGCGUCAGAAAACUGCGGAUUCUUGGCACGCGUGAGUAGCGACGCAUCUACUAUCGUCUGGGCGCGGACGAUCGAGGGCGCCGACUUCAGCAGUUCUUAUGUUGGCAGUAUUGAACUCGACCCAACGGGCCCCUACAUUUACAUGGUCAUGCAGGACGCGGCAAGAAGUGGCCCAGUCACCCUGGACUCGGGCACGCCUUACGCCGGCUGCAAGGACGCCGACGGCCUGGUGACGCCGGCCUACGAAGUCUUCAUGACCAAGAUGGUGACCGCCUCGGACUGCCCGUCGGGCUCGACGUUCGUCGACGCCGACUCUUACGACGCCGUCUGGGCGGCCUCGGCCAACACGGGUGUUCAUUGCGUGGGGAAUACUGAUGACAACUGCAUCAUCAAGUAUCACACAUUUACUGGUAGGCCAGAGUGGGCCGUGACGACGCCGUAUGUCAAUACGGUCAUGCCGCUUGCGGACGGCACGGUGCACGCCAUCGGCCACGGUUCUGGGCAGACAUUCGAUACGGUCUCUACGCCUGACUCAACCGCUAGGUGGACUUGGCACGCGGAGUACGACGGCGCCACGGGCAAAGGCAAGCUUGUUCAUGCCUUUGGCUCUGCGACUGGGUCCGGAUACACGCGAACCUGGGAUAUGGGUGCCGAUACUAACGGUGAUCUGAUCCUCACGGGUUGCAUCUACAAUGAAGCGACGUCUGUGUGGUUCGAUGAAGGUUUUACGCUCUCCUACCCGGAAGACGACGCGGAGAAUCAUUUAUUCGUCUUGAAGCUUGAGACAUCUGCCCCCAAAGUCGCGCCAUCCUGCAUCACCUCGACAAGCACGUGCGAAAUCGACGCUAACUCCUGCUACAUUGAUGGAAUCUGCUAUGCGAGCGGCGACACGGCUGCGAUCCUCGGCGACAGCUGCCAGGUCUGCGACCCAACCAAGUCCCAGACUGCCUUUUCGGACGGGCCCACCGUCGGCACCACGGAGUGUUACGUCAGUGGCGUGUGCCGGACCGCCGACGAAUUUUUUUCGUACACGGACCGUUCGUUGUACACGAUAUAUUCGACGUGCCAAUACUGCGACCCGCCCAAGUCUGCGCAUUCGUGGUCCGUCGUGGACGGAUGGUCGGCUGAGGCAAACGUGGUACCGCCGGAUGACUGUUCAAUAAGUCCGACCGGGCCCUCAGCGACGCCAGCCCCACAUUCGGUGCUGGCUGACUGCCCGGUGACGACGAGCGAAGGGGGCGGCUGCUUGCCGACACCUGCGCCCGGUCCAAGCUCUAGUUCCGGCGGCUCCGGUGGCGCCGAUAUGGGACCCAUCAUCGGCGCGGUCGUGGGUGUCUUUUUACUGCUAGCCGUCGGCGCCUUGUGGUUCUACCGUCGCCGCAAGGGCUCGGAGGCCAAGCCAAGCGCGCUCGAGCGGCUCGACUCCCCGUCGCCCCCCAAUCUCAUGCCACUAAAGGCGCUACCCGAAGGAGAGGCUACCGUCCUCUCCGUCGCCCCGGAAGCCGAGGAGACGUUGCCCGCGCAGCCGCCGCCGGCGACAGGCUGGUUCGCGGCCGAGCCCGAGCUGGCGUCUUUCUCGCCGGAGGCCUCUAGCCUGCCACCGGGUCACAUCUCGGGCGCCGAGGCCGCCAUGAUGAUGGCCGCGGGAGAGCCGCCGCCACAGCCGGGGAACUGGUUCUCGGGCGCCGCGCCCGAACUCGAGCCGGAAUUCGAACCCGAACCCGAAGCCUAG